AUGAUAUUACAUACUAAAAUAUUUCUCAUCGCUGUGUUUUGGACAGUAUUAACGCCACAGCAAAUUGGAAGUAAAACACCAGGGCCCCUCACACAUUUCCAGAGGAUAAAGGCUUUGCUGACAUACGUUAAGAGUGGAUCCAGUCCAUUGAUUAGGCCUUCUUCUUUGAACACUACAAUCGAUAUUCAUAUUGAAAUACAAAUGAUGGACAGCAUAGAAUUGCAGGAACAGGAGCAGACCAUGGAAUGCAGCGGCAUUUUGACUCUGACGUGGAAAGACGACGGAAUAACUUGGGACCCAGCUCAGUAUGACGGAGUGGAUAGACUCACGCUGCCUGCGCCUGAGAUCUGGACCCCUCGAUUGGUGUUAGCCAACAGUGCUGUUGAGCCGCACGAAAUCGACUUCGAUAUAGUGGACAUCACUAACAGCGGUACCAUCACUGCGACCAUCUAUCGAAGUUUCACGACGCUGUGCACACUCAACAUGUUACACUUCCCUUUCGACGAACAAACUUGUCCGAUCAUCAUCAAAAGCAGCAUCUCUGCACAGAACAUGAAUCUCGUUUACGCCUCAUCAGAAAGCAAGUUGAAAGUACUCUACGAGGAUUCGCGGCGCAGUUGGUUCAACAUCGUGAUCUCGGAGCACAAAUGUAACAGAACGGGAACCAACAGAAGCAUCAUGUUCCUUGUAUCUGCUAAACGGAAGCCAAUCUACCAUGUAUUCAGCAGUUUAAUACCGUGCAGCCUUCUCGUUUUCAUCGCAUCGCUCUCUUUUUUCUCGCCUCCGGAGAGCGGAGAACAGAUCUCGCUCAGUAUCACCAACUUCCUGGCGUUCGUCACCUACUUCAUGGCGUUCUCGCAGAAUUUUCCAAAGAACAUGGAUCUCAAGACUGUGCCGAUAUUCUACUAUUUACUCAGUUAUUCGUUGGUGAUGACAUCAGUGUCAGUAUUCAGUGCUAUCCUCAUGUCCAUUGCCCGCUACAAGAACAAACAUGAAUGUCGUAUGCUAUUUGGUUGCUAUCGGGAUUUGCUCACAGUGUAUCCAGAAAAGGAAGAAGGCACGAGAAGGGAUGAAAUUCAUCGCCGAAGGAUGUAUGCCCGCAUGAAGCUAUUCAACUCGAUGCUUUUUCUCUUAUUUAUGAUUGGUGCUCUAUUUCUAGUAAUAAAAGUCUUCGAGGAAUUUUUAGAUAAAUUUCCCUCUACAAAUAUUCCCAAUAUAUGUACUGAGAGUGCUUAAUUUUACUUAUGCCCACAAGAUAAUAUACACUCAUACAUACAUGCAUAGAUUCAAGCAUGCAUAUAAGUAUU